GCGUUGCAUGCUGGGAUUUGAAGUCUUCCUGGAGGUGACUGAGAUGAAGUUAGAGCAUUACAUGGUGGAACCUGUAGUUUUCGCGAGCCUCUGAGCGACAAUGUGACCCAUUGUAUGAUGGGAAUUGUAGUCUUCAUGCGUCCCUUAGGUGUCACUGUGGGCUGUGCGAGGAGACGCAUGCGCAGUAGUGAUCACGGCGGCCGCCAGGGAUGAACCCGUUAAGAUUAUUUUUCAUUCCUGCGUGGACGCUUCGUGUGGUGACAUCACAGCGCAAGGCCGGUAGUGUCAGCGCGUGGCCCGCUCCUCUCUCCCUGCUGGCUCAUUGGCUUGUUGGUGCGUCGGUGGCUCGUUCCUCCUCCCUUUUCCAAGAUGGCGGCCAUGGGUGUAAACAAGGCUGGCCCCGGAGCGGGGCUCGAUGCCGGUCCCCGGCACAGCGGCAGGCGGGGGCCGGCUGGGGCUGCUGUGAAGGUUCUUGAGUGUGGAGUCUGUGAAGAUGUAUUUUCUUUGCAAGGUGAUAAAGUUCCCAGGCUGCUUUUGUGUGGUCAUACCGUCUGCCAUGACUGUCUUACUCGGCUUCCUCUCCAUGGUAGAGCAGUUCGCUGUCCUUUUGAUAGACAAGUUACUGAACUAGGAGAUUCAGGUGUCUGGGGCUUGAAAAAAAACUUUGCUUUGCUGGAGCUUUUGGAACGACUGCAGAAUGGCCCUGCUGGCCAAUGUGGGACAACAGAAGAAGCUAUUGGCCAGUCUGGAGAGAGCAUCAUUCGUUGUGAUGAAGAUGAAGCUCAUGUUGCAUCUGUAUACUGCACUGUUUGUGCCACUCACUUGUGUGCCGAGUGUUCACAGCUUACCCAUUCUACGAAGACAUUAGCAAAACAUAGGCGUGUACCUCUUGCUGAAAAACCUCAUGAGAAGACCCUGUGUUGCCAGCACCAGGUGCAUGCCAUUGAAUUUGUUUGUUUAGAAGAAGAUUGUCAGACCAGUCCCCUAAUGUGUUGUGUCUGCAAAGAAUAUGGAAAGCAUCAAGGUCAUAAGCAUUCUGUUUUGGAACCAGAAGCAAACCAGAUCCGUGCAUCCAUUUUAGACAUGGCACACUGUAUAAGAACCUUCACAGAAGAAAUCUCAGACUAUUCCAGAAAACUAGUUGGAAUUGUUCAACAAAUUGAAGGAGGAGAACAAAUAGUGGAAGAUGGAGUUGGAAUGGCCCACACAGAACAUGUCCCAGGUACUGCAGAAAAUGCCCGUUCAUGCGUCCGAGCCUAUUUUUCUGAUCUUCAUGAAACCCUUUGUCGCCAGGAAGAAAUGGCACUUAGUGUGGUUGACGCACAUGUGCGGGAGAAAUUGAUUUGGCUUAGACAACAACAAGAAGACAUGACUAUCCUGUUGUCACAGGUUUCAACUGCUUGUCUUCACUGUGAAAAGACUUUGCAGCAGGAUGACUGCAGAGUAGUGUUGGCUAAACAGGAGAUUACAAGGCUACUAGAAACAUUACAAAAACAGCAGCAGCAAUUUACAGAACUUGCAGAUCAUAUACAGCUGGAUGCUAGCAUUCCUGUCACUUUUACAAAGGACAACAGGGUACAUAUUGGACCAAAAAUGGAGAUUCGAGUUGUGACCCUAGGAUUAGACGGAGCUGGCAAAACAACUAUUUUGUUUAAGUUAAAGCAGGAUGAGUUCAUGCAACCUAUUCCAACAAUAGGUUUUAAUGUUGAAACUGUAGAAUAUAAAAAUCUGAAGUUUACUAUUUGGGAUGUAGGAGGGAAGCACAAGUUGAGGCCUUUGUGGAAGCAUUAUUACCUCAAUACACAAGCGGUGGUAUUUGUUGUCGAUAGCAGUCACAGAGACAGGGUUAGUGAAGCACACAGUGAACUUGCAAAGUUAUUAACAGAGAAAGAAUUGCGGGAUGCCUUGCUGCUGAUCUUUGCCAAUAAGCAGGAUGUAGCGGGGGCUCUUUCAGUAGAAGAAAUCACAGAAAUGCUGAGUCUCCAUAAACUCUGCUGUGGCCGUAGCUGGUAUAUUCAGGGCUGUGAUGCUCAAAGUGGCAUGGGACUAUAUGAAGGAUUGGACUGGCUUUCAAGGCAACUGGUGGCUGCAGGUGUACUGGAUGUGGCUUAAUUCAUGACAGUUGCAAAUUAAAUUUGUAAUUCACUUAUUUGUACGGGUUAGGAUAUUGUAACAAGGUCUGCAUUGUGAAGGUGGAGAUUUAUCUAGAGCUCUGGUUAUGGAAGAAAAUGUACGUGGCACCUGCUUAUCAAGGAUUGGGGAAUUGGUGCAGUAAACACUUGGUGCAAUUGCUACAGUUUUUAAAAUUUGGUAAUGCAACAGACUAUUAGGGUGGGCUGGCUGCUAAGAUGCCUAGAUUUUUAUUUUUUUGUGUGUGAAACUAGGUUGUUACUUCCAAUUUAAGCAAAGUUUUUCUGCUAAAACGUGUAUCUAAAUUUUCUAAAUUUCAGCAUAAGGGCACAGAAGUUACUUACUAUUACAAUAAAAUUCUUAUCCAAAAAGCAACUUCAAAAAAAAAAAAAAAAAACUCUUGAGCUAUUUAGAAAGCAACCAAAACUCUAGAUGCUCUUUGGUAACACAUGAUGCCACUUGUAGUACAUUUAAAAAAGCAUUAGCUUAAAUUUUGCUUUGAAAACUCCAUAUAGACACUACAAGAAGGAAAGUUAUUCCCCAGUCGUUUAUUUAUUAGCCUUAUUGCAUGCCUUGGGUUGUGGAUAGGACUAGAAAGUGGUAAGAACGUAGUAGUCUUCCUAGGACCUUGCAGAUUCAAUGGGUGUUGGCAUUGACUACCAUUAGUAAUAAAAGAUGCAGUUAAAUGAAAGCAAAGCAAAAUUAUACAUAUUGAAAUGUCAGCUUUCCAUUAAUAAUACAAAAUAUAUUGAUGGGAGUUCCUGUGCAUGCCCAAGGACAUUGUGUCUUUAGAGAUUAAACUUCAUCCUUAAAUCAAGUUAAGCUAAGAACUUCCUAAAGAAAGCAGUUGAAAUAUCAGCCCACCUAUAUAUUUUUACAUGAGUUAUGCUUCCAGAAAGAGGUAGCAGCUUUAAAAUAUUAAGUAACCUGCUGUAAAACCACUGCACACUUAAUAACUCUUACUUAGAACAGCCGAUGGUAAAAUCUGAUCUAAACUUUUAGUGUCUGAUUCAGAUUCUUUAUAUACUUGGAACUGUCACCAGUGCCUGUAUUCAAAGAUUAUUCA